CGAUAAAAGGUAGAUUAGACUUGGAGUCUUCGUAGCGGAGCGAAGCCGAUCGCGAAUCGUCAGUCGUGCGCGACGAUCAUCACCGUCAAAACGACGACGCGACCUCCGCCGUUUCGGUAUAUUUCACUUGCGUCUCUGCGAGAUUUCUCGAGGAAACGACAAUGCCCGAUCAAGAGAUAACCAGCAAGACAAAGGACAUCGGAAGGAGGCAAGCGAUUCCUAUCAUUUACACCAGAGGAACUCAUUACGACGUCGGCUUUGAUAUCGGUCGUACGUUUUCCGAUCUAAUUCAAAAGUUCGUCGACGCGUAUCGGCCACUCAAUGAAACCUAUUUGCCACUUUACGAAACGGAAGCGGGUAGAAAAAUUUACGAGGAGACUCUUGCCUGCGUCGAACAGCAAUUUCCCGGAUAUGUUAAGGAAAUUCAAGGAACGGCCGACGGUGCGAACGUUCCCUUUCACAAGUUGUUUCUCAUGCAUUUAGAUGAUAUCGUGCCAAAUGUGGCAAAUGAAGGACAAGGAAAUGCGUUACCGGUUGGUUGUUCGACCAUCAUGUGCAAUCAGCCCGGACAGGAAAUUUUGGGACAUAACGAGGAUGCACUUAGCGAAACGUUAAAUCAUUGGUAUUUAGUUUCGGCGCAUGUAAUCGAACCAGGAUGCAAGCAAGAAAAUUUUACGUCUUUGAGUUACGCCGGUUUUUUACCAGGAUACACGAUGGGUUAUAAUCAGUAUGGUCUCGUUUAUACCAUCAAUACGCUUAGUGCUGCUACCUUGAGAUCUGGUAAAACACCCAGAUACUUCCUAACCCGGGCAUUGUUAACUGCGGAGAAUUACGUGCAAGCUCAACAAAUUUUAAGAAACGAAGGUUUCGGCGCGGCAGAAGGGUUCUCGGUAAAUAUGACCUUCCUAAUGCAAGAAGGAGAUAGAAUGUUUCAUAAUGCCGAGGUCGGUCCUUGCGAGAUCAAUGGCACGCAAUCGCAAUUAAGCAUUUUGACCGUUAGUCCUGGAGAGAAUACGGUUCACUGUAACAAGUAUCUCCGACUGAAAAUACCCGAAGUCGACGGUCUCAUCGUUGAUAGCAGCAUCAAAAGAAUGGCUGCUAUUUGCAACCAUCCUCCAGCAAAGUGUCGCCAAGAUGUUAUAAAUAUUCUAAGCGACCAAACGGAUGACGACUAUAGAGUUUAUCAAGAAAAAGAUAAAAACGACCCUGUAAAAACUAUAGCAACUGGUAUCUUCGACUGCAUUGAAAGAACCUGGUCUAUUUAUACGAAUAAACCAAAUUCUACGGAACCAAUUUUGGUAAUACCGCUGCGAUUAAACGGCGAACCGACUGUUCCUGAUAUAUAAUUUGCUGCUCAAACCGACGUUGCGAUGUAAUUCGUCUCCAAUGUAAUCUAUUUUUUCUUAGCAAAAAAGAAAACACAGAACACAAAAUCAUCCAUUCAGUCCUUUCUUUCUUUUCAUUUUACAUCGCAUUUAUUUAUGUUUAUUAUUCUAAUCCACCACAUAAACAGUUUCUUUCAACCAAUUAUAAUAUUUUUAUUCCACUAUCCAAUUUCAAUAAUAACCGUAUUGCGUUUGUACUUUGCACCAUGUUUGGUGUUUGCCGACGCAGCUCGCACUUCAUACAGAUAUUGGAGCUUCACAAACUGUUUCUUUUUACUUGCUGAUGUAAACGCUGCGUUAUAUACAUAGGAAAACAUUUCGUUAAAUAGCGUUAAAAAAAAGUUGAUAUUUUCCAAAAAUAACAAGAUACUCUUCUUACUUUUCAUUAUUUCCUUUCGUCCUUUUCAUUCUCUUCUCCUUCACUUUCCCUUUCUUUUUUAAUAUCGAAAAAACAGUUAUAAUUUAUUAGAACACUGCUACAUUUACAACUUGAAAAUUGUACCAGAUGCGAGAUAGUUUAAUAUCACGCGACUAAGCUUUGUAAAUGAACGAAAUAUAUAAAAGUAAAACAUU